AUGCAAGCUCAAGGCGAGACGCUGCGCGAGGUUGCCGAACGCUACCGCAAGCUUUCGGAGGGCAGCGGCGGCGACAUGACCCUGCCGACCCCGCUGGCACCGGGCGCCCUCGGCGAGAAGCUCAACCUCUGGACCAACUACUUCAAGAUCAACGUCGUCGACACGACCAAGGUCUACCGCUACAACGUCGACGUCACGGCCAGCCGUUUCGAGGAUAUCGGUGAUGUGACGAAGACGCAUUUGAUCCUGACGAGGGAGCCGGUUCAGGGUGGCUUGCGCUUGGUCUAUCGCGAGAUCUGCUCGAACAUUGUCCGCCACUGCUUCAGCCAGGAAGCCGGACUGCCGAAUUGGGCCACCCAAAUCUUCUAUGAUCAGCACCGCUUGCUCUACAUCAUGGGACGCCGCAUCGAUGAUGGGAAUGGCUGCAUCACUGCCACUUACAACCUUCCCAAGGAUCGUCUGUAUCAUCCGUUCAAGGUCGCCAAGCUCGAUAUCACGUUUAGCGGAGAGAUGACGUUAUCGGAAGCUGCCAUUGCCCAGUUGAGCGGUUCGAUUGCGGGCUUCAAGGAUCAAGACUCCGCGAGCGGCUUCAUUGAGGUGUCCCUGUCGAAGUCUUGCUUCGACCAGAGUGUCGAGCUGCCGAGUGAAGAGCGCAAAUACUUGUGCUACUCCAAGAAUCGCAUCUUCAUGCGCAAGCCGCAGCAAGCCCAGGAUGAAAAUCUGCCGGAAAUGAAGCAGUUGCUGCUUGGAUCGAAGAAGAGCGUCGAGUUGAUUGCUGGUUCCAGCGGCCGUCCGGAGAUGGCGCUCAAUUUCGAUGCCGAAAAAGGAUGUUUCUUGAAGCCGGGGCCAGUGAUCGAAAUUGCGACCAACAUCACGCACAUGAAGGACCAAAAUGCCCAGUGGCGCCCGGACCAAAUCGAUAUGCUACAUCGUGUUCUCAAAGGUGUUCUCGUUUCGGCAUCAUAUGGUGAUCAAUACCGCACUUUCCGGAUCGACCGCAUUAUGCCAACGUCCGCUCGCGCUGCCCAGUUCCAGGACAAGGACGGGAAAACCUGGACGAUCGAGGCAUACUUCAAGGACCGCCGUGGUGCUACUCUCAAUUGGCCACUGGCUCCUCUGGCUGAGUUGAAGAGGGGCGGCCACAAAAGCCAUUUCCCGCUCGAAUUUCUCACGAUCUGCGAGGGGCAUGUCGUCGCCACUGCCAAGCAAACGCCGGAAAUCAUGAAGACCUUUGUCAAGUCUGCUGCUAUGGUGCCUGAGAAACGGCAAGACGCCAUCAUGCAUCUGAUUCGCGAACAAGAAGUCGGACGAGAUCUGAUCGCGGAUGCCCGUUACCAAGUUGACACUCGUCAGCCCUUGGAAGUCACAGCCAGGCUGAUCCCGCGCCCGUUGGCCGUGUACAGCAAUCAAAACCAGGCGCCAAUCGCCGAGAAUGGGACGUGGCGCAAGCCGAACACCUCAUCCUUCCUUCGCCCAAUGGAAGCCGGCCAGUGGGCAUUCUUCGUGCUCAGCGACCGUUCUCAGCGCUCCUUCGAUGCCAAUGCUUUCACAAAUGGUUUCCGGGCGGAUUGCCUCAAACGUGGAAUCAAAAUCCCGGAAUGCGGACAUAUGGGGUCGUUGGAAAGCGGAAAGCUGGAAUGGGCAUUCGAGAACCUCAAGAGUGGCAAUUUCACGUUUGCCUUGUUCGCGAUGGACGACCAGCUGAAAAUGCAGGACGAGCUGAAAUACAUGGAACGGAAAUAUCAAAUUACGACGCAAAACAUCAAGCUCUCAACCGCCACCCGCAUCCUCACUGGCAAGCAGGCCGCGACUAUGGAAAACAUCGUCCAGAAAUUCAACGUCAAGCUAGGCGGCCAGAAUUUUGCUAUCAGGCGACAGGCCGGCUCUCAGUUCACGAACGAGCUGCACAAUGGCAACGUUUUCGUGUUUGGCAUUGGUCCUGUCGAGAUGCUGAAGGAUCUGGACGACAGUGGCUACGCGAAGAUGCAGAACCUCACCCUCGGUGGCCCGAAGCCAGCAGUCUCGGGUCCCGUGCCACCUAUGGCUUCCGACGGAAUGAAGCGCGACAUCAAGCCCUUUGUCUUAUCGUAUGCUGGCAACUUCGGCCGGGAGCCCGGAUCGUUCAUCGGAGAUUUCCUCAUCAAGCAGGCUGACGUUAAUGGAGCUAGGACAUCCGGAGGCUUGCUCUUGGAAGCAGCUUUGGAUACGCUGAAGAAUUGUUCCGGACGUACGACUGCUCCAACCCGAUUCGUGAUUUACCGCAGUGGAACGACUGACUGGGACGUGCAAGACAUCCUCGAAAACGAGAUCCCCAGAAUGCAGACCGUCAUCAGCCAAACGAUCGGCGCGCAGCCGUUCAAAUUGACCUACAUUUUGGCGCACAAGGACCACAAUGUCCGGUUCUUCAGAAAGAAUAUCGACCGAAACCAGAGCGCUGCCAAGAACAACGUGGGCCCCGGCACUGUCGUCGACAGCAAUGUGAUCAACCCGAACCAUCGACAAUUUUUCUUGAACGCCCACACCGCCCUGCAGGGCACGGCCAAGGCUCCCAAGUACACCGUGAUCUAUGAUAACGCCAACUUGUCGAUGGAUGAUCUGCAGGCUAUGACUUACGACCUCUGCUACAUGCACCAGAUUGUCAAUCUUCCGACUGCCCUCCCAAGCCCGCUGCGCAUUGCCGCUGAAUAUGGCGACCGCGGGCGCCGCAUUUUUGCCCAAUAUUUGAAGACCAUGGACGAUUCAAGGACUGACUUCAACCGCGACCUGGAAUACCGUUUUGCCGACGUGUUCAAGCUCUGCCGCAUCAACGCC